AUUACCUUAUAAAAAGCAACUAAGGUGCUCAAACCUUGAUAUCAAGAAGUAAGAACAAAUUACGUCUCCAAAAGCUUAGAGUUUGAUCUUUUUGUUAGUGUUUAACCAAGAACCAAAAUACAUAUUUAUACAAUGGCUGCAUCAGCAACUUUCAUGCAUUCAACAUUCCUAGCUAAUUCCUUGGCUUAUGGAGCGGGAAAGAACAAAUCAGUUAGAGUGAAUCACCUUGUUGCACCAACUGUGCACAUCUACCCUCAAAUAAGGAUAUGUUCAAUGGCCAAGGAUGGUCAGAAGAAACAACCAUCUAUAGUUACAAAUGCAUCAAAAAAUCCACCACCACCACUUCCUACACCUUCUUCUCCCAGCAAGCAGGUUAGCACAAAGUUUUCAGACUUGUUUGCAUUCAGUGGGCCAGUGCCGGAGAGGAUCAACGGCAGACUUGCAAUGGUUGGGUUUGUUUCAGCUCUAGCAGUGGAACUAUCCAAGGGGCAGGAUGUGUUCGCUCAGAUAUCCAAUGGUGGAGUCUCAUUGUUCCUUGGAACUAGUAUUUUGAUAACAGUGGCAUCAUUGAUUCCUCUAUUUAAUGGACUCAGCGUGGAAUCAGAAUCAGAUGGGAUCAUGACCCCAGAUGCUGAGCUCAUAAAUGGAAGGUUGGCCAUGUUAGGUCUCAUAGCCUUGGCCUUCACCGAGUAUGUGAAGGGCGGAACCCUAGUUUAGGUCUUGAUCAUUAUGUUAGGAUGCUUUCUGGCUUAAUACCUUAUAAUUUCUCGCAUGUAUUUAGUGUUCACAGAUGUUUAUAAGAAUAAUGUUACGUUUUGGUACCCCAUAAUCUAAACAUACUUUUAAUUUCAGCAAGCAUAAAUAUUAUGAGCUAUUUAGAUGGGGAAGUUCUAUCUUGUAAUCGAAAAAAAAAAAAAAAACAGCACCAUCAUUCAAAGAAUACGUACAUGCAAUAACUUGGUAAUAGACAGUAUUGAGGUGAUGGUGCUACUAAAAUGGCGUCACGGAUACAAGACAAAUUUUAUCCUAUCUUUUGUUAACAAUGAGGAAUCAAGAAAUCAACAAAUACAGAGAGAGAAAGCUUCAAAACAAUUAUCUAAAAUACUUCACUUUUCUAUUUCUUUCUUCUUACUUUGAUAAAUACAUCCUUAUGGUAUUUAUAGCUUAUACCAUCCUUUACAUUUGUAACUAACACUCUACCUCAACUAAUCAUCAUAUGACACUUGUCAUUACACUAACCAUUCUGUUGUACACUAAACACAUGUUACAACCUAUCAUUCCCCCUCAAUCCCAUGCUUGGAACAACCAAGCAUGAGAUUGGAACAAAAAUAGUUAAACUGAGAAGAACACAAGCCUUUGGUUAAGAUGUCUACAUACUGAUCAGCAGAAGCAACAAACUGUAGGUGAAUGGUGCCUUGUUGAACUCUUUCACGAACAAAAUGACAAUCAAUUUCAAUGUGCUUAGCUUUAGAAUGAAGAACUGGAUUAGUGGCAAGAGCCAUAAUUGAGAUGUUAUCACAAUGUAGGGAGGGAGCAUCAGAACAGGACACAUGUAAAUCCUGAAGAAGCUGUUGUAUCCAAACUACUUCAGCAGUUGUAGUGGCCAUGGCUCUGUACUCAGGCUAUGUAGAAGAUCGACUAACAGUAUGCUACUUUUUAGAACUCCAAGAGAUGGGAUUAGACCCCAGAAAAAUCACAAAGCCAGUGGUAGACCUCCUAUCAUUGGGGUCACUAGCCCAAUCAACAUCAGUAUAGCCCAAUCAGUAUCAUUGGGGAAGUUCUAUCUUGUAAUCGAAAAAAAAAAAAAAAAAAAAAAAAAACACCAUCAUUCAAAGAAUACGUACAUGCAAUAACUUGGUAAUAGACAGUAUUGAGCUGAUGGUGCUACUAAAAUGGCGUCUCAGAUACAAGACAAAUUUUAUCCUAUCUUUAAGUAUGCCUAGAGUAGAGAGAAAAAUUACCUCCACAUGCGCCACGAAAUUACCUUCAUAGUAGGCAAAAGAAACACUUUUUUUUGGAACAAGAAAAUCUUCAUUACUAACCGUAAACGCAGAUGUAUGUACAAGGCCAAACAUGUUCUGCUAUCCAACUCUUCUUUGCACUCUGCAUUUCUUCUUCCCUUAAUUUUGAGAAAUUCUGCUACCAAUAGCAUCAAGCUCCCUCUUUAGCUCACCCAUCUUUGUUCGUUAGAGACGACUCCGAUGAAGGUUUUCAUCCAGCACACAGGCGACCUUAAUAAUGUAAUGAGAGAGUACAAUAUCAACUGUACGAAACCACACUUUGAAGAGUUCAUGCUGCACAGAAAGAUGAAGAAAUGCCACCCGUUGAGUCCAUCAUUACUCCACUGGAGACAGAGCUUAAGCUUGCUGCAGGAGGUAACCAAGUUGCAGGAUGACAACAGAACACUUGACCGACUUACUAAAUCCAAGGUGGCUGCUCUGCUCGAGGCCGAGAGAACUGAUCAGAUUGCUAGGGCAAAAGCAUCCUUGGUUGACGAUCUGCAUGUUUUGGAAGUGGUGCUGCUAAACCUCGUAUACCCCACAAUCAAGUUGUUUACACCUGAACACAUGAUAAAAUUUAUGGAUCCGCCAUGUAUGGAUACGUAUGUAUCUGCUAAUAGUGUUCAGAUUUUCACUUAAGUAUUUUUAUUAAUUUGUGGACCAAUUUUAGUUGCUAAUCAUUGUUGUAAAGGUUAAUUAGUCCAAUUACUUGAGAUGGGUGUGUUAAAUUGUGGUUACAGUUUUAAACCCGCAGCAGAGCGCGGACAUCUGUGCUAGUAUAAGCUAUUUAGAAGGAGAAGUCCUAUCUUGUAAUCGAGAAAAAACAGCACCAUCACCCAAAGAAUACAUACAUGCAAUAACUUCGUAAUA